GGUCUAAUGCACAGUCUCUUUCCUGAAGCGCAACAAACUUUAACUGCAGACUGCGUAGGUGUUCCUGCAUUGUAACCCCAGGCUGUAACAUUGCCUUGUACAAUGCCUUGCGAAUAAACAGCUUGGAAACCGCUGUCUCACGCACAUGGAGUUCUUUAAGUGCUUGCCACACACCUCUAGCUGUCUUGAUUCCCCUCACAUACGGCAACUGGGAAUCUUCCAGCCCCAAGACAAUUGUGGCCCUUGCUCUUUGGUCUUUAUCGAGGUCUUCAUCAUCAGGCUUCGCUGGAAACUUACUCACCACUUGCCAGAGAUGAUCCCUCUGCAGCACUGCCUGCAUGCGUUCCGACCACAGCAAGUAAUUGGAGUCAUUCAGACGCUCAAAAGCCAUCUGAACUGGUUGUGAGGCCAUCUUGAGAGCGAUGUCCCUGGAACCUGGAACCAGCUACUCACGGCCACCGAGAGAGAACAGGAACCACAGCACCCAGCACUCACACGCUGCAGCUGUCGUCCUUGACAGUCAGGAACCAGCCAGUCUCCUUCCGCUGCACCAACGCCACAGGAACAACGACUUCUGGAACUACUGGAACCUCUCCGCUUACGCUGACACCACCACAACUCAGGCUGGCAGCAUGAUACCCAUAACCUCUUAGAAUUUUGAAGUGUCAGGCAUAGCUCUAGUGGCUUUAGCCCAAACGUAGCAGAGUUUUCCUGCACAGCGCAGAAGCUAGUUGAGGUGGAAAUGACUAGUCGGCUAGACGCAGAAUAACUAUUUACAGGAUUUAUUAAAAGAAAAUAAAAGCAGCAGAGUUUCUGCAUACAAAGCAAAGCAAAAUAAAUCCUUACUCUUUCUCUCUCCAACCAUAUACACAGCACUUCUACUCCUAACACCUAACAAAAACCAACUGUGCUAGCAUUCCUUGAUAACAGAGUUCAGUGCUGGUCGUUAACCAAUCAGAAGAGAGUAGUUUCUAGGUCAGGCAGACCUUGGCUUUCUGCCAAGAGUAAAUUGACACUGCCUUGAGUUAAUUGUGUGAAGCCAGAAUCUGUAAGUUUCCCAUGAGAACCAAUUAACCAAUUAACAGAAACUGAACAGUUACAACCGUAUCUGUUCCAACUCUACAGACAGAGAAUCUCACCUAAGAGAUCUACAGCAAACCUUUUUAGAACUGAAAUAUCCACCUGAUGAAGUUAAACAACAGAUCAACAGAGCCAGACUGAUACCUAGAGAGAACCUGCUGCAAGACAGACCCCAAAAAGAAAAUAACAGAACAAACACUAGUUAUCACAUACAGCUCCCAAGUUAAAACAGUACAACGCAUCAUCAGAGAUCUACAGCCUCUCCUGGACAAUGACAGCUCCCUUUCUCAAGCUCUGGGAGGAAGACCUUUCAUUGCCUACAGACAGCCACCCAAUCUUAAACAACUCCUCACCCACAAUAAUACAACCACCAGGCUUAACAUGGACACUGGUACCAGAGCCUGCAAUAAACCCAGAUGCCAACUUUGCUGCCACAUACACCCGGACAACACCAUGACUGGCCCCAACAACAUCCAACAUACCAUCUCAGGACUAUUUAAUUGCUCAUCUUCUAACAUUGUGUAUGCCAUCAAAUGCCAACAGUGCCCUUCAGCUCUCUAUAUUGGACAAACAGGCCAAACCCUACGCCAAAGGAUAAAUGAACAUAAAUCUGACAUCAGAUUUAUUUUGGAGUUAAAGUUGGUGUUAUUGGGGUGUAAGUCAGUGGCAUAUGUGUACAAAUAGACAUCCACUGGUGAAUCUCAGGUCUCUCUUACCAUUUGAGCCCAUUUUCUACUACCGGUAGUGGACCUGAGCAGAUGUAAUACUGCAUUUAUUUCUUAAACAGACAAAGACCACUGUUGAUAUUGGCUGUUGCUUGUGCAAAGAAGCAAGUUCUCCUCCUGUUUUACAUUAUCAGCCUCUAUUCGCCCUUGUUUACCUUUCUUUUCUUGCAUAACAUGCCAUUAAUGAUUUACUAAGGAGGAGCCAUUGGCUUAAUCCAACUCUUAUCAGCUGACAGAAUUCUAUAAAGCAGUUUCCUGGAGAGCUCUGAGCUUGAGCCUUGAAAAGCUGCAAUACUCCAAGUGGUAGAAGUGACCUCUCUCUCUCCCCCACACACUUUUUGUCUCUAAAAACGAAAGGUAGGCAAUGGAACCAGACGAGAAAUACCUUUACAAAUACAAAGGAUUUUAUUUCCAGCCUGAUUUGACUCCAGUAGAGUGCUUGGAUACCUUGGAGGAUUUUGAAAUAAGGGACAGUGAUGUAUUUUUAUUCACUUAUCCAAAGUCAGGCACAGUAUGGACUGAAAAUAUUUUGAGCUUGAUUUAUCAUGAAGGUCAUCGAGAUGGAACGGAAAACUUGAAUUUAUUAGACAGGUUUCUGUCGCUGGAGUUCAAUAUCCGCAAAAUGGAUUACGCCAGUUGCCCAUCACCUCGCCUCUUUGCUUCCCAUCUACCCUACUAUUUAGUACCCAAGGGAUUAAGAAACAAAAGUGCAAAAGUUGUUUAUGUGGUCAGAAACCCAAAGGAUGUAUUGGUUUCCAAUUACCAUUUCUCCAAAACUGCAGUCACAUUAGAAGAAGUAGAAGAUUUUGGAAUUUUCAUGGAGAGGUUUUUGGCUGGAAAGGUACUUGCAAGUUUAUGGCUGGACCAUGUGGAAGGCUGGUUCUCUCACAGGGAUGACUUCAAUAUUCUGUUUCUUACCUAUGAAGAAAUGAAGAAGGAUCUAAGAAGCUCUGUAUUGAAAUUAUGCAACUUCCUGGGAAAGAGACUGACAGAAAAGGAGGUGGAUGCUGUUGUGGAACAGGCUACAUUUAAUAAAAUGAAAGCAGAUCCCAGGGCAAACUUUGAGUUCUUGCCACCGGAUAUCAUAGACCACAGCAAAGGACAUUUUCUUCGCAAAGGCACUAUUGGAGACUGGAAGAACACGAUGACAGUCGCACAAAAUGAAAGGUUUGACAGCGUUUUUAAGGAGAGAAUGGAAAAGUUGCCCAUCAAGUUCUGCUGGGACAUCAAUGAUGAAUUAUGAGUCUGCCUUCAGCUUGGAAGGAGGAAAUAAAGUGGACUGCAUGCAUUUAAUCCAGGCCUAUUUGUAAGAUUCAGCAAAAAACUCUCACGUGAUUUAAUGGCAUCCUAAUGUUUGAAUAUGUGCAAUAAAAAUUUUUUAAACACCACAAUACAAUUACAUUUGUACUGUCCACUUCUUCUGUUUCUACAUUCCAGCAUGCCCUAAUUUCUGACUCACUGUGCAAAAGUUAAGGAAUCCCAAACAAACUAUUGGGAUAUGUAAUUGUAUUUUAAUUUGGCACUGUUAUACUGAAGCUACCAUUGGAUUAUUGUGAUUGAAAAUUAAUAAAAAUUAUCGUCAAAAACACCCAAACUAACUAACUACUGGUGACCCAGAUGGCAAUGUAAAUCAUCUGACUCAAUCACUUCAUCUAUUUAUUUAUUGUGGGUGGAAUUCAACUUCACACUCUUCCAAUUGUUCCAUCAGGGCAACAAUUUCAGUCUGCCAGAUGGCACAAUCCCCCCUCACCUUCCUUACCCUCUGCACCAUUUUGGGGUUCGCCUGACCCCAACAGAGACACUUUUGGGGGUGGGGAAUAUGCAGGGAGGAAAAGUGGGAAAACUGGACAGUGUAUUCUUGAUGCCCGUAGCAAUCUCCUUCAAGGGUCGGAUUGUAAAGGGGGAAUUUCCAGUGGGAUCAUGGAGCAGAGAGAAAGGGUUAAAACAAUUUUGGGGGGAUGGAGGAGGUGAAAUGAGGACCCCAAGAAGCAUCUGAGCCCAGAGAGAAGACCAGUAGUCCAGACAAUAGAGAGGCACCAAGCAGGUUGGUAGAGAAAUAUUCUGCCCUGUAACAUUGGGCACCUCAAGCCAGACACUGCCAGUCAGCAAGAAGCCUUCUCCAUCAGGGGAGGGGACUAGAGUAAAUUGAAUGCUAAGCCAUUGCCAACACUGCAGCCAUCUCCAAGGACACACAGAUGCCAGCGCCAGUGCAAACAAUCCUUGCAGACCCAACCCACUUGAAGGGGUGCCUGUUUGCUUGCCUGUCUCCUUAGAGAACUUAGGGCCAAGGCAUUCUUGGAACAGUACCCAAGCAUAUGAAGGGCGAAAGCUGCACUUUGCCGCGUCCUGAAGGUCUAGGAAAAUUUAGCCCAGGGUCCAACCUGACAGCAGUGAUCAAACUCAUCAGGCCCUGGGCAAGGUCUCCAGAGCUCAGAGGGGCAAAUCAUCACUAGUCCCAGCCUGACCCCAUUGCCCAUCUCUGGGUAACUGGGCUGGAAUUGACAGCAAAGCAGUGAAUAAGCCCUCUGCAUCCUACCCCCACAAUCUAUUGUCAGGAAAAACUUCUUAUGUCCAUCUUGUUGCAUGCCACCCCAAUCUUCGAGCACUAUGAGAUUCCAGGGAUUCCAGGAGCUCUUGCUCUCAAAAAUGGUAUGUGACGAUCCCAUGUUUGGGAGACAUUACACUGAAAGAAUGUGCAUGUUGAUCUUGGAACCUUCCAAUAAAGGUGCUGGAUUCUGCUGCAGCAAAUAGGGAUGGCAUUUUGUGACAACCUGGCGUUCCAACUAUCUAUUUCACCACACUGCGCCAGGCACUGUUUUUGCAAUCCAUCUAAAGCUGUGUUGGAACCAAGCAAACAGUAUUCUGAAUAGAGUUGUUUACUUAGGUCCUUCUCUAGAACAGGGUGUGCAUGUGUGAUAGUAUCUGUCAAUGCACGUGUUGCACAUAAUUGGUCAAGAGCUGUGAUUGUUGAAGCACAUUUUUGUGAUUAUUUGAAGCCAUUUUGAGGAGAAGUACUACAGGGAAGAAGUAAUUUCCUUUUAAUGGUCCUACAAAAUCAAUAUGGAUACUUGAUCAUUUCCAGGUGAGGUUCAGUCACUUUGGUGGGAUACACCAAAUUGCUGGAUAUGCAUAACUGUGUGAUAUAGUAUAAUUUUGCAAACUGUAGAAAAAGUAAGGUAAGAAUGACAAUAAUUUUAUUUUUUUAUGCUGCUUGUCAUUUACUCACCUUUGGCCCCUGAAGAAUGCUUGUGCAAUUAGCAGUCCAUGUGUUGCAAAUAAUUGGUGGAAAACUUUGAUUGCCGGAACAGAUAUUUAUUUUUAUGGUACUGAACAAUCUCAUUGAAAGCUUCAUUCUUAAACAAUUUUAUUAUGAGGGAUAGUCUUAUUGAGGACAUUUGGCUUUACUUCAGAGGACAGGGCUGCUUGUCACUUACUCACCUUGCUUCCCUGGAGUAUGGUUGUGCAAGAAGAGUGACAAAGUCUGAUUCCAGAGGAACUCAUUUGACCCCAAUGGUGAUAAACCGAGGGCCAUAACUUUGACCUGAGUGGAUUUGAAAAAGUAGUUCAAUGGGAAAACCCAUUAGAACUCCAAUAUAAAAUUUCCUCAAAAAUAUUUUAGAUGGAGAAAGCAUUUGAUUCCUACUGAAUGGCAAUGAUUAAUCAACAUUCAGUCCCAUGCCAAUCUAUAGAAACACAGUUGUAUCUUCAUACUGCAUGCCAAUUCAAGGCAGCGAAGUUUGAUAAGAGACAAGUGCACCCAGAGUGUAUUCCUUGCAUUGUUUGACACACAUUCUCCCCCCUGUAGUUCACUCAGCAAACAUGAUCACAUGAAAAAACACAGAUUCCAUCUUCUACAGCUUAUAAGAAUACGUGAAUAAAAAUGGUUAUUGUGCUCUUCCAAGAGGUUAGCAGCACCCAUUCUUUGGAUGUCAAACUGCAACCAGACUCUGAUAUUUAUAAAUUAUCACAAUAUAAUUUAGUGCAGGUUGAGUCACCCAGUCCUAUUCUCAGCAAGCAAUAGGAGUGCCAGGAUCCAUCUUUGCUUUCAAAAUAAAAACUGCCUCCGCCUCUCUAAGUUUUUAUGGUAUGGAUGAGUGAAAAGGUGUAUCGUGAAAUUCAAAGAUGUGUGAAUGUUGAUGGAUGAACUGAAGCUGUCUUUCUGUUCACAUACUGUUUCAGGAAGUUAGGUGGACUUGCAUUAAAAUAUUGACCAGAUUUCUCCCCAUCUCUGCUCUGGAGUAUUAUUACUGUCUGCCUGGCAAGUAAAUCUGAUGGAGAAAAGAUGCCAGGGAACCAAAAUCUAUCAGCCACUAAAACAUCUAUCACUCCAACAUAUGAAGUCAGUAUCAUUUAUUAGGAAACAUAACUGAGAUUUGGCAUCAUUUGAAAUAAAAAACCCUGCAACUAUAAAAUAAAUUGUGCUUUCACAAUCUCAGGGGUGCAUUAUUAAAAAAUACCCUGUGGUUUUGUGGGGGAAGAGCUGAGGUACAGAGAGGAGACAAAGUUGUGGAGCUGCCCAAGCCCAAGACAUUGAAAGUGGUUUGCAGGGUAAAUUUGGACAGUUUGGCAUGGAGAAAACAGGAAGCCAUCAAGUGCAUUUUCUAAGCAAAGGUAUUCCUAAAAUAUUAGUUUUAGAUGAUAAACAAAAACAAAAUGAGCCAUUCCUGCAUGUGGUAUUGUUUAGUGGGAAAUAGCUUUCAUGGAAUUCUGACUAGGAUGACUGGGAGCUGUCCAUCUUGAUGUGGACUCUGAAAAUCCUUCAAAAUCUGUUGGAUCUGAAAGUUUAUUCCUGGGCAUGAAUCACGUUUGAUCUCAGAUAAGCUGUGUGCAAAUGAAAAAGGUUGCUACUUUUCUUGGAUAGAUUUCUAAAACAACCAAUGCUAAUUAUUUAGUAAGUUUUAGUAAAACAGAUAGGAAUUAUUUCGGAGUUAAAGUUGGUGUUAGCAGUCAGUGCAGGCAUGUGUGUACAAAUAGACACCCACUGGUGAAUCUCAGGUCUCUCUUACCAUUUGAGCCCCUUUUUCUACUAGUGGACCUGAGCAGAUGUAAUACUGCAUUUAUUUCUUAAAUGGACAAAGACCACUGUUGAUAUUGACU